ACUGACAUAAUGCACUUCUCUGCAAGGUUGCUGUCUUUUAUAAGUUUCUUUCACUUACAUUUCAACGUGAAUUCUACAAACGAUAAACAGCUUUUCAAUGCCGUCCCCAGUGAAUGUUUUUUACAGUCGCCUUGUUCUAAUUGUCUAUAUUCUUACUUCACCCACCCAUAUAAUAAGAAUCAAUUUGGUAUAUGCUAUCGAGGAAGAUUCUAUGGCUACUUCCAUUGCAAAAACGGUACAGUUUUCUCCGACGCCUGGAAAGUAUGUAUCUUCAAUACGACAGCGUUGAAUUCAGGAAAUGGUACAUUUGGCAGAACAGAGAGACCAGCACAGUGUGGUGUGGUUGCCAGAUCUUUGGUUGUUGGAGGACAAGAAUCUCUUCCAGGCGAAUGGCCAUGGCAAGUGUCUAUAUUAAAAGAUGGGAAACAUAUUUGUGGAGGAACUCUUAUCAAUAAAGAAUGGAUCAUAACAGCGGCUCAUUGCGUAUUUGGGCAAAAUCCCUACCAUCUUCAGAUUGCUCUUGGUGUUACAGAACUCUAUAAAGACGCAUUCAGUGUACGAUUCAGAAAAGUUUCGAAAAUUGUAGUGUAUCCUUUCUACGUUCAUGGAGGAAGUUAUCCGAACGAUAUAGCGCUCAUGGAACUUACAGCACCAGUUCAACUGUCUGAAUACAUUAAAACUGUUUGCCUACCUUCUAAAACGAAUUCGUUCACUGGUCGAGACGAAUGCUGGGUCACUGGAUGGGGCGAUACACAAGGCAGAGGAAAUCCAAACGUACUGAAUAAAGUGCAAGUUCGAAUUACAGGUUUCCUCGAAUGUCAACACAAAUGGAGUGCUUAUGUGCAUAAAAGCCAUAUAUGUGUUGGUGAUGGCCAUGUUGGUCCAUGUCGGGGUGACUCUGGUGGACCGCUGGUAUGUUUGAAACGUGGCAGAUUUCUAUUGGCUGGCGUAGCAUCUUUUAGUAAUGAACUAUGUGGCGUUCCUGGCUUUCCGGCAGUUUAUACCAAAGUCUCCGAAUUUCUGGAAUGGAUCAAUUAUGUCUCCAUGAAUGCCAUUUCUAACAUGGAUCCUAAAUAUCUGCUGAAUUUAUUCAUUUGCAUUAUAUAUUUAAUGUCAAUCGUCCAAAUCGAGGCUCGAAGGGUGUGCCGAUAUAGCUAUGGCUGUUACAUUUGCCGAACGGAUUCUGCAAAGAGAGGACAGUGUGAAAUGUAUCGUUACUGUUACAGACAACGGAAUCGUUACAACAGAGUGCAAUGUCUGAGAUACAACCAGCAUGCUACACAAGAUGGUUGUGGUAUUCGUCCUACGAGGAAUAUCGUCGGAGGUUCAACAUCCACUGAAGGAAAAUGGCCUUGGCAAGUCUCCUUACAGAUGACAGGUUCGGUUCAUAUCUGUGGAGCUGUGGUCAUUAAUCAAAACUGGGUACUAACAGCUGCACAUUGUGUCUACAGAACGGCAGCCAGUAAACUCACUGCAGUUUUUGGAGAAUAUGACUUAGGAUGGAGAUCAGGACAUGAACAGUAUCGCUCAAUUUCUCGAACUUUCGUGCACCCCUAUUUCAGUCCAGGCGGAAAUUAUCCCAACGAUGUUGCUUUGGCUCAGUUGACGACUCCAAUCCAAUAUACAGAUUAUGUAAGACCGGUCUGUCUUCCAUCUCAAUCUGACAGUUAUGCUAACGACGAAUGUUGGAUUAGUGGAUGGGGUGCAACCAGAGGUACAGGAAGCAACCGACGACUGCGUGAGUUGAACGUGACCCUUUUGAACCCAAAUUUUUGUCAGAAUCUUUGGUACGGAACCAUUCGUCCACCACUUCAUAUCUGUGUUAAUUUUGGCAUAAAAGGAGCCUGUUCGGGUGAUUCUGGAGGGCCAUUAUCUUGUGUGCGGAAGUCUGAUGGCCGAUUCAUUGUGGCUGGUGUUACAUCCUGGGGCGACCGUUCGUGUCGAAGAUAUGGUUUCCCGAGUAUCUACACAAAUAUCAAAACGUUCGUUCCAUGGAUUCAGAAUGUAAUCAAAGCUAACAGUAGAAGUCCGAGGUAACUUAUACAGAACCGAAGUUGUCUGGAAAUUAAAUACUUUUAACAUUU